CUGAUGGCUGCCAAGAGGGCCAAUCAGACUGGGCACUUCAUCUGGAUGGGCUCUGACAGCUGGGGCUCCAAAAUUGCCCCAGUGAGAGAUCUGGAAGAGGUGGCUGAAGGAUCUGUUACCAUCUUGCCCAAGAGGGCUUCUGUUAGAGGUUUUGAUCGCUAUUUCUCCAGUAGGACACUGGAUAAUAACCGUCGGAAUAUUUGGUUUGCUGAAUUCUGGGAGGAUAACUUCCAUUGCAAGUUGAGUCGCCAUGCUUUGAAAAAAGGAAGUGCCAUCAAGAAGUGUACAAAUCGUGAGCGGAUUGGCCAGGACUCUGCCUAUGAGCAGGAGGGGAAGGUGCAGUUUGUCAUCGAUGCUGUCUAUGCCAUGGGCCAUGCACUGCACAACAUGCACAAGAACUUGUGCUCUGGAAAGGUUGGCCUCUGCCCCAAGAUGGACCCAGUAGAUGGUGCAGAGCUGCUCAAGUACAUCCGCAGCGUCAAUUUCUCAGGAAUUGCUGGGACCCCUGUGACGUUCAACGAGAAUGGAGAUGCCCCAGGCCGCUAUGACAUCUAUCAGUACCAGAUCAAGAAUGCCACACCUGAGUACAAAGUUAUUGGGCACUGGGCUGAUCACUUGAAUUUAAAAAUGGAGCGCCUGCAUUGGCCUGGAGGAGGCAACCAGGUGCCCACCUCAAUCUGCAGCCAGCCAUGCAAGCCAGGAGAAAGGAAGAAACUGGUGAAAGGUAUCCCAUGCUGCUGGCAUUGUGAGCGCUGUGACGGAUACCAGUAUCAGUACGAUGAGUUCCACUGCAAGGUGUGCCGCUUCAAUGAGCGGCCCAAUGAGAACCACACAGGGUGCAUCCCCAUUCCCAUUGUCAAGCUAGAAUGGGGCUCCCCUUGGGCCGUGGUGCCAGUUUUCAUUGCCAUUGUAGGCAUCAUCGCCACUCUCUUUGUUGUGGUGACCUUUGUGCGCUAUAAUGACACGCCCAUCGUCAAGGCCUCGGGGCGAGAGCUCAGCUACGUGCUGCUGACGGGCAUCUUCCUCUGUUAUGCCACCACCUUUCUGAUGAUUGCUGGGCCUGACAUGGGCACCUGCUCCCUGCGGCGUGUCUUCUUGGGGCUGGGCAUGAGCAUCAGCUAUGCUGCCUUGCUGACUAAAACCAACCGCAUCUAUCGCAUCUUUGAACAGGGCAAAAAGUCGGUCAGCGCCCCUCGCUUCAUCAGUCCUGCUUCCCAAUUGGUCAUCACCUUCAGCCUCAUCUCCCUGCAGCUCGUGGGGGUCUGCAUCUGGUUCAUUGUGGAUCCCUCACACUCCAUCAUCGACUAUGAGGACCAGCGGACUACAGACCCCCGUUUUGCCCGGGGAGUCCUCAAGUGUGACAUUUCAGACCUGUCCCUCAUCUGUUUGCUUGGGUACAGCAUGCUGCUCAUGGUGACCUGCACUGUGUAUGCUAUAAAGACCCGGGGGGUUCCUGAGACCUUUAAUGAAGCCAAGCCCAUUGGGUUCACCAUGUACACCACCUGCAUCGUCUGGUUAGCCUUCAUUCCCAUCUUCUUCGGGACAUCACAGUCAGCAGAGAAGAUGUACAUUCAGACCACAACGUUGACCAUUUCAGUGAGCCUAAGCGCCUCUGUCUCCUUGGGCAUGCUCUAUAUGCCCAAGGUCUACAUCAUCCUCUUCCACCCAGAGCAAAAUGUGCCCAAACGGAAGCGCAGCCUCAAGGCAGUUGUGACAGCAGCCACUAUGUCCAACAAAUUCACUCAGAAAGGAGGCUUCCGCCCCAAUGGAGAGGCCAAAUCGGAACUCUGUGAAAAUCUUGAAACACAAG